AUGCGAGUGCGAUCGCGAAAGAGCAGACGUGGAGAUGACAGGCAUAGAACCGAGGGGGGAGUGGUGACACGUGGCACGCCCUCUCUGGUCUGCUCGUCCAAGGUGGACGACGUGCCGCAUCUAUCCGAGUGGAUUCCUAACCUCGAGACGUACAGCAACCCGCUCGCACUCAAUCCAGCAUACGCCUACGUUGAUCAGUAUUUUGUGGAGCCUAACGACAUGGUGUGCCAGCAGGUUUCGGCCCGUCUCUCGGAAUUGGACAGCAUCAGCUACUUUCGCCGAGCAGGGCCCAGGGAGAGGAUUGUGUACCACCCGCGGGAGGUGCGGGCAGCCAUAGUGACAUGUGGGGGGCUGUGCCCCGGACUCAACACUGUCAUCCGCGAGAUAGUGUGGGGGCUCUGGUUCCAGUACGGCGCUCGGCACAUUCUCGGCAUCGAUGGCGGGUACCGGGGUUUUUACUCGCGGAACCUCAUGGAGCUCAACCCGUGGGUGAUCAACGACAUUCACAAGCGUGGAGGCACCUUUUUGGGCACUUCUCGGGGCGGGCAUGAUACCACCCGCAUUGUCAACUCGAUCGAGGACAGAGGCAUUAACCAGGUGUUCAUCAUCGGAGGUGAUGGCACGCAGCGAGGGGCCGAGCUCAUCUAUGAGGAGACGAGGAGAAGGGGCUUGAAGGUGGCGGUGGCUGGGAUUCCCAAGACCAUCGACAACGACAUUGCUAUUAUCGACCGGUCGUUCGGGUUCGACACGGCGGUGGAGGAGGCGCAGAGGGCCAUCAACGCGGCGCAUGUGGAGGCGGAGAGCACUCGCAAUGGCGUGGGGCUGGUGAAGCUCAUGGGGCGGUACUGUGGGCAGAUCGCCAUGCACGCUACCCUCGCCAGCAGGGAUGUGGACUGCUGCCUGAUUCCGGAAGUGCCAUUCCACCUGGAGGGGCCGGGCGGGCUGUUUGACUUCAUAGACUGGCGGCUGUACGAGAACGAGCACUGCGUGUUGGUCGUGGCGGAGGGCGCGGGGCAGGAGAACAUGGCGCGGCACUACAGCGCCAGCGAUGACGACGUUGCUGGUGCUGGGGUGCUGGGCCGCGACGCGUCGGGGAAUGCAAAGCUGAUGGACGUGGGGCUGUGGCUGUCGGGGCAGAUCAAGAGCCACUUUGCUAGGCAACGCAAGGAGAUUCAGCUCAAGUACAUCGACCCCACGUACAUGAUCCGCGCCAUCCCAGCGAAUGCAAGUGACAACAUAUACUGCACGCUGCUGGCGCACGGGGCAGUGCACGGAGUCAUGGCGGGCUACACGGGUUUCAUCGUCGGCCCUGUCAACAACCGCCACUGCUACAUCCCCGUCAAUAAGGUGACACAGAAGCCCAACAGCAUCUCCCUCACUGACCGCAUGUGGGCACGCCUCCUCGCCUCCACCUCACAGCCCUCCUUCCUUCGCAUCGACCCCACCGCCAAUGCCUCUACCACCGCCACUGCCGCCACCACUUCCUCUUCUGCUGGUGCUGACGGUGCUGCUUCUGGGCCUUCUCAGACCGCAGGAGGAGGGGGUUUGAUUGAGGGGAAGUACGGGGAGAAUGUUCUAGGGGAUGUGGGGUUGGAGGCGAAUUAUGCUCGGGACGAGGAGGAGGAUGGUGCAGGGGUGGUGAGGAGUGUUCUGGAAGAGCUGGGGGAGGACAUUGGGAUGGAUGAGUUGGAGGCAGUGAAUGGAUUGAAGGGGUAUGCGGCUUCACAUGCAGCUGCAUUUGAAACGGAUGACGAGGCAGCAAAGAACGCUGGCGAUGGAGUGGAGGGAGUUACACUUCACUCUAACGAGGUCCCUUGCUUUGCUGGCAUUCUGCGAUCGGGGAUGCACUUCCAGUUGGCGUCGGCGAACAGCGAACCCAACUUCGAAGAGCCAGCCGUUGAAGAGCCAACGAGUCAGAGAGACCCAGCUGGCUCUCCGUUGAAGUCACAUUUCUCGCCGAUUGGUUUCCCCCAGCCUCCCCGCAACGCCACUCCGCUCCACGGGCCUCCCAGCUGUCCCCCCAAGGACGCGAUCCGAUGGGCGAUUGCGAACAGGCUGCGACACCCCGACGACAUGCUCAUUCUGUUACAUGUGGUUACCAAAGUUCCCACCCAUCAGAAGGUGGAGAUGUAUCAGAGCGAUGUGAACAACACAACAUUCGUGCACUACGUGCGCACAGUGGUACAGCCAAUGAUGAUCGAACUCAAGAGCAUGGUGGACUCAAAGAUAAAGCUGGAGUUGAAGGUGGGGCGCAACAACAGCAAGGAGAAGGGGAUAGUGGACGAGUCCAGGAAGCUCAAGGCCACCACACUCGUUGUUGGCACCAGCUCAAGAGGCAUCUUUGGCAUUCGUGGCCGCACAGGUGUGGGCGCGUACUGCAUGAAGAACCGUCCCCCCACAGUGUCAGUCUACGUGGUGCUUAAGGACAAAGUCACCGCGUGCAGAGAGGCAGACUCGCUGCCCGUCUCCUCCUCCUCCGCCCCCACCAGCCCGGGCCACGUGCUUGUGGCAUCAGCACCUUUCCGCCACAGCCCGUCAGUGUCAGGGCACCACCAUUCAGAUCGCUCCUCCACUCACAGCUCGUCGGGGGUGCUAGAGCCCACCGAUGGGCUCGGGUCUGACGAUGCUGAUGAGGAAGCCGCAAGAACCAAUGGCGCGCAGCCACCUGGCGGCGACUACCCCACCAGCCCCUCGGCCCACACCGCCCCUCAGCCCUCCCGAGCCGGUACCUGGCCGCAUCAUGACCCUGCUGCCCCUACCACACCUGACGGCUUGCCCGGCUUCCAACCCUACUCGCCAGGCUUGGCCGUGCCUCACAGCAUGCCCAUGGCCUCCCCGCUUUGGAAUCCUGGGGAGGGGGGCGAUAUCGACUCUAUGGCAACCCCAGAGCAGCAACAAGCGUUCAUGGCUGACCUAGAAGCGCGCAUGGCCCAUGCCACUGCAGCCCUCGCGGGUCUGCCUCUCCCUGACGCCGCUGCUACUGCUGCCAGACGAGGCGGUAACCAGCUGGCAGGGUCCGAGCCUGAGGGCUCACCUCGGGUUGCUGUGGCACAGGGAGUGGCGCGGGAUGCGGAUGCAGCUGCGAGGAUUGGGCAGAUUGCUGUAGACGCGGAGAGAGCGCGGGUAACAGCAGAAGAGGGGAGGAGGGCCGCGGAAGACGAGGUGGGGAGGCGAGAGGGGAAGGGAGAGGAGGCUGAGAAGGGGCCUGGUGGUGGAGGGGGAGUGGUUGCGGGAGGGGGAGUGGUUGCGGGAGGGGGAGUGGUUGCGGGAGGGGAAGCGAUGGCGCCGGUGAUGCGGCGGGUACAUCACUACAGGGAAUACUCGUAUGAAGAAAUCCUGGCAGCGACGGACAACUUCAGUGCAGAGCGAAAGCUGGGCGAGGGGGGGUUUGGCACCGUGUACUCUGGCACGCUGCACCACACACCCGUGGCAGUGAAGCUGCUCAAGAGCAAGGACUCCAUCCAGGCCAUGGCGGAGUUUCAGCAGGAGGUGGAGAUUCUGAGUCAGAUACAGCAUCCGCACGUGCUGAUGCUGCUGGGGUGCUGUCCUGAUCGCUACGUGCUCGUCUACGAGUACCUCGCCAACGGCUCCCUCGAGGACCGCCUGCUGCGCCUCAACUCCACGCCGCCCCUGCCCUGGUUCGUCCGUAUCCGCAUCGCCGCCGAAAUCGCCUCCUCCCUCCUCAUCCUCCACACCCGCCCGGUGCCCAUCGUCCAUCGAGACUUAAAGCCCGGGAACAUUUUACUCGAUAAGAAUUUCGUAGCGAAGUUAGGGGAUGUUGGGUUGGCAAAGCUUAUGCCGGGGCUGACUAUGGAGAGGACGUGCGAGCGCGAGUCGACCCCGGUGGGGACGUUCGCGUACGUAGACCCGGAAUUCCAGAGAACCGGGGAAUUCGGCCCGAAAUCCGACGUGUACGCGUUCGGCAUAGUCCUCCUCGACCUCCUCACAGACCGCACACCCGCUCUGUACGAAGCCCUAGAAGUUGCCGUGGAGAACAACCGGAAUGAUGAACUCAUGCGGUUCCUGGAUGCGGGAGCGGGCACGUGGCCGCAGGGCAUGCCCAUGGAGAUCGCCAGGCUGGCGAUUCAGUGCAGUGAGAUGAAGAGGCGGAAGCGGCCGGACCUUGAGACGGAGGUGAUGCCGAUUCUGGAUCGGAUGCGGAGCGUGGCGAUCAAGGCGGAGGAUGAUGCCAAGAAGGCGUCGCUGGUGCGGCCCGUUGCUGCUGCUCCUCCCUGCCUCUUCUGCCCCAUCACUCAGGAGCUGAUGGUGAAUCCAGUUAUAGCAGCGGACGGGCACACAUACGAGCUGGUGGCGAUACAGCAGUGGCUGGAGAAGAGUGACCGCUCGCCCAUGACCAACGUGCGCCUGCCCUCCAAGGCCCUCGUGCCCAACCGCGCCCUCAAAUCCAUGAUCCUCGACUGGCGCGAGACGGGCGGGUCGGGGUAA